UGGGUGGCAUUGAGAUUGUUUUUUCAGUAUUGUAAACUUGAAAGGAGAUAUAAAAAUCACCAAAAUGAAAUAGUUCUCUAGAAUAGAAUGAGCUAAUUUUUGUGUUAUUAUUAAAAUAUUAAUUUAAAUCAUCACUUUUCUAUGCACCCACCUUGCAUCUCACCUGACAACCUAACCUAGAAAUUUGUAACCAAAAUGUUCAAAACAUUUUUAAAUUGUUUGAAAUUCACUAGUAAACUACAUGAUUCAAGUGCAUUAAGCCAUUUUAACAAUUCUUUCAGGCAUUAUGCAACUCGAAAACGUUUUUAUCGAAAUACUGGGAUUUUACGCAGUGAGGGCAAAUAUGAAAUAACUCUGGAUCAAAGAAAAUUAAAAACACCACAGGGAAAUUUAUUUAGCGUUGAAAGUGAGCCCUUGGCUAUCGCAGUAGCUACAGAAUGGAAUUCACAAAAGGAGAACAUUAUUCAGAGUAAAAUGCACCUUACUACAUUAUGUAACACAGUCAUUGAUAAUCCAAAUAAUUUAACAAAAUAUGACAUGGUUAACCACAUCACAAACUAUUUGGACACUGACACGAUUUUAUUUCAAGCCGAUGAAGAGAAAGAUUUGCUUGAAUUGCAAGAGAAAGAAUGGGACCCUGUCAUAGAUUGGUUCAAUAAACGCUUCGAAGUCAAUAUAAAAAAAUCGCAACAAAUGGACGCCCCCCCAGCUAGUGAAAAAGACAAAGCGACUUUAAGCAAACACUUGUUAUCGCACAAUUUUGCUACAAUUUGCGGAUUUAUGUACGGAGUGGACACUUUAAAAUCAGUAAUAUUGACGCUAGCGUGUGUGGAACACUUCCUAACUCCUGAAAAAGCAGUCCUUUUAUCUCGCCUGGAAGAGGAGUACCAAACAGGCCACUGGGGAAGAGUCGAGUGGGCUCACGACUUGAACCAACAAGACCUCCAAGCCAGACUCGCCGCAGUCAUACUAUUAACUUAUUUUAAUAACCAAUCAAGUAAAAUUAAAUCCAAAGCGAUUCAGUAAUUAGCUCGUUUUUAU